UUUAACGCAUGGGAGAGAAAAGACUUCAACGAACACACAGACGCUUAGAGAGAUUGCCAUUAAUGUAAAGCUUAAGCUCUCAACCACCAAAAAAUCUCCUACGCAAAACAACAAAAUGUCUUAAGACUUUUAGCCUCUCAUUCUCUCUUCUUUCUCUCUCUCUCUCUAUGCUUCAUCGAUUGGUGAAAGAUUUGCUGAGUGGUUAGAGGCAUCGAUGCGAUGUGGAACUCGGCGGAGAACGUGUUCGCUAGAACGUCGUCGUUCAGAGAGGAUGGAGAGGAUGAGGAGGCUCUCCGGUGGGCUGCUUUGGAGAGGCUUCCGACCUAUAACCGAGUCCGCCGUGGUAUUUUCAAGAACCUAGUUGGAGAUUCCAAGGAGAUCGGUGUGAGUGAGCUUCAGAGCGACGAGCAAAAACUCCUCCUGGACCGCUUGAUCAGCUCCGUCGAUGAUGAUCCAGAGCGGUUUUUUGGUCGAAUGAGACGCAGAUUUGAUGCCGUGGAUUUAGAGUUUCCGAAGAUUGAGGUUCGAUAUCAGAAUUUGAAGGUUGAAUCCUACGUUCAUGUAGGAAGCAGAGCACUGCCAACCAUUCCCAAUUUCAUUUCCAAUAUGACUGAGGCUUUCUUGAGGCAAUUGCGACUGUAUCGGGGAAAGAGAAGCAAGUUGACGAUCUUAGACAACAUUAGUGGAAUUAUAAGACCUUCAAGAUUAACGCUGCUAUUGGGUCCUCCAAGUUCUGGAAAAACGACGCUUCUGCUGGCUCUUGCUGGGCGGCUUGGAACUGAUUUGCAGGUGGCAGGGAGCGUCACAUAUAAUGGACAUCGCUUUAAUGAGUUUGUUCCUCAGAGGACAUCUGCUUAUGUCAGUCAACAGGAUUGGCAUGUGGCAGAGAUGACUGUAAGAGAAACUCUUGAUUUUGCAGGGCGAUGUCAAGGUGUAGGAUUUAAAUAUGAUAUGCUUUUGGAACUUGCAAGAAGGGAAAAAAUUGCCGGAAUAAAACCUGAUGAAGAUCUUGAUAUAUUCAUGAAGUCAUUAGCUCUUGGAGGGAAGGAGACCAAUCUAGUGGUGGAGUAUAUCAUGAAGAUUUUAGGGUUGGAUAUAUGCGCUGACACAUUGGUGGGAGAUGAAAUGCUCAAGGGGAUUUCAGGAGGCCAAAAGAAGCGGCUUACGACAGGUGAAUUGCUAGUAGGUCCAGCAAGAGUUCUGUUCAUGGAUGAAAUAUCAAAUGGACUUGAUAGCUCAACAACUUACCAAAUCAUAAGAUAUCUUAAGCAUUCAACUCGAGCACUCGAUGCAACGACUGUUAUUUCUCUGCUUCAGCCUGCUCCCGAGACCUUUGAGUUGUUUGAUGAUGUCAUACUUUUGUCUGAGGGGCAGAUUGUGUACCAGGGACCCCGUGAAGCUGUUCUUGAUUUCUUUGCAUUUAUGGGGUUUAGCUGUCCUAGGCGUAAGAAUGUGGCAGACUUCUUGCAAGAAGUUACUUCGAAGAAGGACCAAGAGCAGUACUGGUCUAACCCUCACCUCCCUUACCGCUUUGUACCAGUGCGAAAAUUUGCUGAAGCUUUUAGUUUAUUUCAUACUGGGAAAAAUUUGACUGAAGAACUAGAUCUUCCUUUUGAUAGACGCUAUAAUCAUCCAGCAGCUUUGUCAACAUCUCCAUAUGGUAUGAAAAGACGUGAGCUUUUCAAGACAAGUUUUAACUGGCAAAUAUUGCUGAUGAAGCGGAAUUCAUUUAUAUAUGUGUUCAAAUUCGUUCAGCUUCUUUUUGUUGCCAUUGUCACAAUGAGUGUUUUUUUCCGAACAACAAUGCACCACAAUACAAUUGAUGAUGGAGGAUUAUAUCUAGGAGCGCUAUACUUUUCCAUGGUUAUUAUCCUUUUUAAUGGCUUUACGGAAGUGUCAAUGUUGGUGGCAAAGCUUCCAGUUCUUUACAAGCAUAGAGACUUACGUUUCUAUCCAAGUUGGGUUUAUACUCUUCCUUCUUGGGUCUUGAGCGUUCCAACUUCACUCAUAGAGGCUGGCUUCUGGGUUGCAGUUACAUACUAUGUGAUGGGAUAUGAUCCUUCAAUCACUAGAUUCCUUCGGCAGCUUCUGUUAUUUUUCUCAUUGCACCAAAUGUCUAUAGCUCUAUUCCGUGUUAUGGGAUCCUUAGGCCGAAAUAUGAUAGUUGCUAAUACAUUUGGAUCUUUUGCUAUGUUGGUUGUGAUGGCUCUAGGAGGAUACAUCAUCUCCAGAGUGAAUAUCCCAAAUUGGUGGAUUUGGGGUUUCUGGGUUUCCCCUUUGAUGUAUGCUCAAAAUGCAGCUUCUGUCAAUGAAUUCCUUGGGCAUUCUUGGGAUAAGAGAGCUGGAAACCAAACUAACCUUUCAUUAGGUAAGGCAUUAUUAAGAGCACGCGGUUUGUUUCCUGAGAGCUAUUGGUAUUGGAUUGGUGUUGGUGCUUUGCUUGGAUAUACAGUUUUAUUCAACAUGCUCUUCACAUUCUUCCUAUCAUACCUUAACCCUUUGGGAAAGCAACAGGCUGUAGUCUCUAAGGAAGAGUUGCAAGAGAGAGAAAGGAGAAGGAAAGGAGAAAAUGUUGUUAUGGAGCUUAGACAUUACUUGCAGCAUUCAGGGUCAUUUGGUGGAAAACAUUUUAAGCAAAAAGGCAUGGUUCUGCCAUUUCAACAACUAUCCAUGUCUUUCAGCAAUAUCAAUUACUACGUGGAUGUUCCUUUGGAAUUGAAGCAGCAAGGAAUUCUGGAAGACAGGUUGCAGCUGCUGUCUAAUGUUACCGGCGUAUUUAGGCCAGGAAUUCUUACAGCAUUGGUUGGUGUGAGUGGUGCUGGGAAAACAACCCUCAUGGAUGUAUUAGCUGGCAGAAAAACUGGUGGGAUUAUUGAAGGAAGCAUACAUAUAUCUGGUUAUCCCAAAAGGCAAGAUACAUUUGCAAGAAUUUCAGGUUACUGUGAGCAAACUGAUAUUCAUUCACCCUGUUUGACCAUCCUGGAAUCACUCCUAUUCUCUGCUUGGCUUCGAUUGCCGUCGGAUGUUAACAUGGAGACACAGAAGGCUUUCGUUGAGGAGGUGAUGGAACUUGUGGAACUAACCCCAUUGCGUGGGGCAUUGGUUGGUCUACCUGGGGUAGAUGGUUUGUCAACGGAACAAAGGAAAAGGCUAACAAUAGCUGUUGAGCUUGUUGCCAACCCUUCUGUAGUAUUUAUGGAUGAGCCCACAUCAGGGUUGGAUGCAAGGUCUGCAGCCAUUGUGAUGAGGACUGUGAGAAAUAUUGUGAAUACUGGGAGAACAAUUGUGUGCACAAUCCAUCAGCCCAGCAUAGACAUUUUUGAAUCCUUUGAUGAGCUUCUGUUUAUGAAGCGUGGAGGAGAGCUCAUAUAUGCUGGUCCACUAGGUCCCAGGUCAUGUGAACUCAUCAAAUAUUUUGAGGCAAUUGAAGGAGUGCCCAAGAUCAGGCCUGGAUAUAAUCCUGCUGCAUGGAUGCUCGAUGUCACUUCUUCAGCUGAAGAAAGCCGGUUAGGAGUGGACUUUGCAGAAAUUUACCGAAGAUCAAAUUUAUUUGAACGUAACAGAGAUUUAGUUGAAAGCCUAAGCAAGCCGAGUAUCAACACAAAAGAAUUGAAUUUUCCAACCAAGUAUUCUCAGUCAUCUUUUGAACAGUUUCUCACUUGCCUUUGGAAGCAAAACCUGUCUUAUUGGCGAAACCCACAGUACACCGCAGUUCGCUUCUUUUACACUGUCAUCAUCUCAGUGAUGCUUGGAACAAUAUGUUGGAAAUUUGGUGCCCACAGGGAGAGCCAACAGGAUAUAUUUAAUGCCAUGGGUUCCAUGUAUGCAGCGACUUUAUUCAUUGGAAUUACGAAUGCAGGUGCUGUUCAACCUGUUGUUUCUGUUGAAAGAUUUGUCUCUUAUCGAGAAAGAGCUGCUGGGUUGUACUCUGCAUUACCAUUUGCAUUUGCUCAGGUUGUAAUAGAGUUCCCCUAUGUAUUUUCACAGUCAAUUAUUUACUGCUCAAUUUUCUACUCCAUGGCUUCAUUUGAGUGGACAGUUUUGAAGUUCAUUUGGUACAUAUUCUUCAUGUAUUUUACUAUGCUAUACUUCACAUUCUACGGAAUGAUGACAACAGCUUUCACACCAAAUCACAAUGUCGCUUCCGUCAUUGCUGCUCCAUUUUACAUGCUAUGGAACCUUUUCAGCGGUUUUAUGAUUCCUCACAAGAGAAUACCCAUAUGGUGGAGAUGGUACUACUGGGCAAACCCAGUAGCAUGGACUCUCUACGGACUUGUGGCUUCCCAAUAUGGCGAUGAUGACACACCUGUGAAACUAACUAAUGGAAUUCACGUUGUACCCUUAAAGAAGUUAGUCAAAGAUGUGUUUGGAUACAGGCACGAUUUCUUGGGUGUGGUUGGUAUUAUGGUUGUUGGUUUCUCUGUGCUCUUUGCAUUGAUUUUUGCAUACGCAAUAAAAGCCUUCAACUUCCAGAGGAGAUGAGGGGGUGGGUUUUGUUUAUUUAUUUCUUUAUACGACUACAGUACUUUAAUUAAAAUGUUCUAUAAAUCACUGAAUUUAUAUGAUAAGUGUAUCAACUCCACAUCUACGAUAGAUAGGGGAGGUGAAAUUUGUAUAGCAACAUAAUUAUAUACGACGAAUUAUUUGCCUGAGUGAAGGGAUAAUGGCCAGUGGCUAGCUGGAAAUUUUAUUUGUGUAAACUAAUAAUACGUGCUUAAGGAA